GGCUACAAGAUACAGAUUAUAUUAAGAAAAACUGUUGGCAACUAUAAAAAAAACUUUAAAAGAAUGCAUGAAAGUCUUGGGAUGUGUACGCAGCACAUGGAAGUAAGACAAAUAAAGUUAGGCCAUGUCUGAACAGUCCUCUAUUAUCAUGCCUUGUUUAGGUUAGAUUAGAAAGUGGUUGAGUUCCUCGUUCUGUCUGUCUGUACUUUUCUCAACGGGGAAAUUUUAUUGGAUGCUAAAUGUCAUCGACAUUGACACAUAUUAAAAAGCCACUGUUUAGACUUCAGCGUUAUUCAGAGGACGUGUUGAUCAGAAGAUGUUUGAUUGCUGUCUAAAGAUGAGGUUUACUUUACUAAGCAUCCUGCCUACUUUACUGGGCGUUCUAAUCCUACACCAGGCAAAAAGCCAAAGCCCCAAGUUCACUCAGAGCAGCUGGAAUCUUCUACCCAACGUUGUUGUGGUGAACGUAGACGGAUCGCUGGUACAGCAUCCUCUAACCUGCAUGGGUUCCUUCGACCGAGAGGAGGAGGGUUGGAGGAGAGACAAUGACUGGGUGUGGCGGAGAGAUGGAGAGGAGGAUGAGGAGAUCAUAUGGAUGAUGGGUGAAGAGGAGAAGAAGAAGGGGAAUAGCUUCCUUGUCAACCUGGAAGAGAGAACUGGAGGGGGGAUAUUUACAUGUCACAGCCUGGAUAGAACCCUCCUGAAGAAAACUACGGUGCUGGUCAAACACUUGGACGAACAGAAACGCAUUCUAGAAGGAUCCACCAGAACAGGCUAUAUGAAAUGUUCAACACGGAACUACCAAGGAGAAUUCCACUGCUCCUGGAAAUUCACCCCUACACGUGUUGGGACUGUUAUGUUUGUCAAAGUGGCACGUGGCCUGUCUGAUACGGAGAACAUCAGCUGUUCUGUGGACGCCAGUGGACAGCAGUGGACUUGCUCAUCUUCGUCUGGCCAGAGUGACAUCAUGUGUUCUGUGAACAGUAGUGGACUGGGGGUGUCCUGUGUGGACAGACAGUAUUGUCCAUAUGCUGAGGAGACUGACCGGAUCACCCUGACCAUCUACAUGAGGACUAACUACCUGCUGGAGGAAUACUCCCAACGCUUCUACUUAUCAGACAUAGUGAAGCCAGACAAUGUAUACAUUAAGGAGGUGAACAGCAGUACUAUAGAGUGGAGCUAUCCUGUCUCCUGGAACAGACCCAUCUCCUACUUCCCCCUCUCCUUCCAGGUCAAAGAGAUCGAAGGCAGAAAGUGCAAGAACGGGUGCACGUGUGAUUCUCCCUACACAGAGGUCCACACCACAGAGAGCAGCCAGUGGUCAGUCAAGGCCAAGGUGACGGUGUGUGUCAGGGCCCAGGAUGCCCUCUGUGACUCCCCCUGGAGCGACUGGACAGAGCACAGACUCAGCAGCAAGGGAAGCAGGAGGGGGAGGCAGGAAAAGCAGAAGAAGAAGAAGCAGAAGAAGAAGAAGCAGAAGAAGAAGAAGAAUGUGCCUCAAUAGUAUAUCUUUACCAUACUGAUGGCCAUCAAAUAUUAACCUAUUUAUUCACUCUAGUUUGUAGGCAUUCACACGCUAAAACAUCCACUAUGACAAAGGUGUCUUAAUUCACACGCUAAAACAUCCACUAUGACAAAGGUGUCUUAAUUCACACGCUAAAACAUCCACUAUGACAAAGGUGUCUUAAUUCACACGCUAAAACAUCCACUAUGACAAAGGUGUCUUAAUUCACACGCUAAAACAUCCACUAUGACAAAGGUGUCUUAAUUCACACGCUAAAACAUCCACUAUGACAAAGGUGUCUUAAUUCACACGCUAAAACAUCCACUAUGACAAAGGUGUCUUAAUUCACACGCUAAAACAUCCACUAUGACAAAGGUGUCUUAAUUCACACGCUAAAACAUCCACUAUGACAAAGGUGUCUUAAUUCACACGCUAAAACAUCCACUAUGACAAAGGUGUCUUAAUUCACACGCUAAAACAUCCACUAUGACAAAGGUGUCUUAAUUCACACGCUAAAACAUCCACUAUGACAAAGGUGUCUUAAUUCACACGCUAAAACAUCCACUAUGACAAAGGUGUCUUAAUUCACACGCUAAAACAUCCACUAUGACAAAGGUGUCUUAAUUCACACGCUAAAACAUCCACUAUGACAAAGGUGUCUUAAUUCACACGCUAAAACAUCCACUAUGACAAAGGUGUCUUAAUUCACACGCUAAAACAUCCACUAUGACAAAGGUGUCUUAAUUCACACGCUAAAACAUCCACUAUGACAAAGGUGUCUUAAUUCACACGCUAAAACAU